CAGCGGUAAAUCAGACGGAUACUCUCUUACGGAUCUUUCUUGAGAUAGCACUUAUUUAAUCCCUUCUUUACCUCUUACAAUUCAUCUCAUAUUCAACUAAAUCUACAUCCUACUAAACUGUCUCUCAGAAUGAUUGACUUCGAGUUAUCUGACACGCAGGCCAAAGUCUGGGAACAUGCGCGCUCCUUCGCGGCAAAGCAUCUCGCAGCUGCCCACACAGUAUACCAAAAUCUACCGACUCCUCAGGCGAGGUUCUCUGCCAUCAGGCCUCUCUACCAGGAAGCCGUCAAGGUGGGGUUGAUUCAAGCACUGGUGCCAGCUGAAUACAACGGCUUGGGGUACGGCCUCGUUGACAUGGCACUCCUAACCGAGGAGCUGUAUACUGCUGACGCCAGCGUGGCGUUAACUAUCCUCGCAACCGGGCUUGGUUUAUCCCCGCUCCUCAUUGGGGGAACAGAAGUGCAGAAGAGAAGAUAUUUGAGUCCAUUUACGGACAGGAAGGGGAUGCCGUUGGCGAGUUUGGUACAUUCUGAGCCGGGAGGGACGGCUAAUUACGGGAGGACGGGGCUAAGGACUACAGCGAGGAAGGUUGAGAAUGGGUGGGUUGUUAAUGGAGAGAAGUUAUGGGCAACCAAUUGUGCUGGGUGGGACGAUCGCGGUGCUGAUAUCCAGUGUGUUACAUGUCGGUGUGAAGAUGCUCCAUACGCUACGGCAGAUGCCAAAGGGCAAACGAUGAUUCUCUUAGUGACGAGAGACGAUAUUGCAGCUAAUCCCCCCGAUGCGUAUGCGGUUGUGUCUCACCCCGAGACUAUCGGUCACCGCGCUGUGUCUGGGCCCCAUAUCCGAUUCCGGAACUUCGUGGCCAAAGAGGCCAUCGCAAUGCCCGGCACUGGAGCAGAGGUCAUUGAAGCGGCUUUCACUGCUUCGGCGGCCUUAGUUGGAGCAAUGGCUGUAGCAUUAAUGAGACGCUGCUGUGAGAUGACACUUCAGUUUGCAAAAUCGGACACGAGGAACGGCUCAGAGCCAAUUAUCAACAAGCAAAGUGUUGCUGAUUUGCUGAUCAAGAUGAAAAUGCGCUGCGAAGCUGGUAGAGCAUUGACUUGGAAGGCUUGCUCUUCCUUGGACAGAUUGCCUGAGGCGGCCGAAAUUGCGUAUCUAGCCAAGAUAUUUUGUUCCGAAAAUGCCGUGCAGUGUGUGAUUGAAGGCAUGAAUGCCGUCGGUAUUCAAGCAUACCAGGCAAAAUCUCAAUAUGGGGUGCUGCUCAAUGAUGUUGUGUGCCUGCCUAUAUUUGACGGGGGCAAUGUUGGUGUGAGGAGAAGGCAAAUCGAGGCUAUCUUCAAGUCUGCAGGAUAUGAUCCAUUAGUCUCUACCUUCGGCUCUAAGCUUUGAGUUGGUCAGGAGCUUUGGCGUAAAUGUAGUAUAGCCCAUCUCACUGUUCUGGCUGUACGCUAAGGCCGUCC